AUGAUUGCUUUCGAAUAUUUAAUAUUAUUUCUGUUGGUGGUUCUGUUGGCAUAUUUGAUUCAGUUUCGAUGGAAACGACAGCGAUUGCAUGACUUAGCAAAGAAUCUUCCAGGGCAUGAUGGUCUGUCUAUCUUUGAGUCUAUCAAAUUAGCAACUAAAAUUUCACGAAGAGAUUACAUCCCUAUAAUGAGCAAGUUCAUUAAGGACGACGCACCGAUUACAAAAUUGUGGCUCGCAAAUUACUUAACAAUUUUAACAAAAGAUCCUGAUUUUAUUCACAAAAUCUUUAACUGCUCUAAAACUUACAAUAAGCCAAAAGUAUUUUAUCAAAUGUUUUUUAUGGAUCACGCCUUGACACCAAUGGGCGGUGAUGAUCACAAAAGACAUCGAAGAAUUCUCAACAAAGCAUUUACAUCAGCAGUUAUGCACAAUUUGCCAGAAAUUUUUAAUGAAAAAGCGAAGAAAAUUGUCACAAAAAUGGAAGAAAAAGUUGGUCGUGGUGAAUUUGAUCUUAUGGACUAUGUCGGUGCACUUUCACUGGAAUCUUUUGGAAAAAUUAAUUUAAAUUAUGAGAUUGAUUAUUUUCAAAGUGAAAUCUAUUACUCAAUGAAGAGGUUUGUAGAAUUUUGUAAAUUGAAAGUGUUUGUGAUACUUGGGAUUGUAAUGAAGAAAGUCAACGUUGAACUAGCUCAAAUUUUCAAAAAUUUCAACAAUUUUAUUGCCAAAGUGAUUGAUUCAAAUAAAAGUCGAAAUAGUCAAGAAAAUUCAAUUGUACAGCUUCUGCUUGAUCCUAAAAACCAUUUUAGUAAUCAGGAGAUUUAUGAAGAACUAAUUUUAACGACUAUGGCUUCAUUUGCAACAUCUACUAAAACAUUGGCAGCAACUCUCGUGCUGCUUGCAAUGCACAAAGACAAACAGCAAAAACUAUUUGAUGAAAUUGAUGAAAUUUACAGUACAGAAUCUGACACAAAAUUCAGCAAUGAUUUUCUACAAAAAUUCAUAUAUUUAGAUGCUGUUCUAAAAGAAUCAAUGAGAAUAUUUCCAGCAAUUCCAAUAAUUGGCAGAGAAGCAAGUGAAGAAGUUGAAAUUGAAGGAUAUUUGAUACCGAAAGGAACUGUCAUUUUGAUAUCAAUUUUUGCAAUGCACAGAGAUAAGAAAAUUUGGGGCGACGAUGCUGAUGCAUUUAAACCAGAAAGAUUUUUUGAAGAACUGACAAAUCCUCACGCAUUUGUGCCAUUUGCAGGUUAG